AUGGGCUUCUCACGGUGGCUCAACCGCACCGUGGGUUUCUUCGUUUUCUUCAUCCUCGACAUUGUGGAUUUCUUGCUUUGCUUCACCUACAAGACACUUGAUUUCUUCUUCGAGUCCGAGUGGAAACCGUGCUACUGCUGUCCGCCGCCUGUGGCCAAACCAGCGGCGGCUGGAGGGACCAGAGGCGGGAAGAUGAUAGUGUCGGAAAGAUCAGGGGAGUACUCGAAGGUGGUCUCCCUCACAAGGACAAAGAUCCAUUUGGAUGAGAUCUCCGAGACACUCUACUCACGCCCUUCACUCCUCACCAGGCUCACUAAGCUGGUAAAGUGUUUCAAGAAGAAUGCUGUGGAGUGUUGUGACGAUUCCAAGAAGAGAUCAGCAUCGACUAAAAAGACAUUACUGACUGUGAAUUCUACGGUGGUCGAGAAGUUGCAAAGAACACCAAGAUGGUCUGAUUGCCAUUGCACUUUCUGCACUUCUUGGCUUUCCUCUUCCAACCAUUCUCUCUUUGUCAAUGUCCAACAACCCAAAGACAACAAGGCACAAGAGAACGUGGUGUUCAUACAUGGGUUCUUAUCAUCAUCCACGUUUUGGACAGAGACUCUGUUCCCAAACUUCUCAGACUCAGCCAAAUCGAACUACAGGUUCUUCGCAGUGGAUCUUUUGGGUUAUGGGAAGAGUCCAAAGCCGAAUGAUUCGCUGUAUACACUGAAAGAGCACUUAGAGAUGAUAGAGAGAUCGGUCAUCUCUCAGUUCAGGCUCAAGACAUUCCACAUAGUGGCUCACUCCUUAGGCUGCAUUUUGGCUCUUGCGCUUGCGGUUAAACACCCUGGAGCCAUCAAGUCACUCACUCUAUUGGCUCCUCCAUAUUAUUCGGUGCCAAAGGGAGUGCAAGCGACGCAAUUAUAUGUGAUGAGAAAAGUGGCGCCCAAAGAAGUGUGGCCUCCGAUUGCCUUUGGAGCCUCAGUGGCUAGCUGGUACGAACACGUUAGCCGCACUGUCAGUCUAGUGCUUUGCAAGAACCACAAUUUGUUGGAAUUUCUAACAAAGCUAAUCACCAGAAACAGGGUGCGAACGUACUUGAUAGAAGGGUUCUUGUGUCACACACACAACGCGUGUUGGCACACACUACACAACAUCAUCUUCGGGUCGGGGAGCAAAGUGGAGGCUUAUCUGGAUCAUGUCCGUGACAACGUGGACUGUGAGGUCACCGUAUACCACGGCGGCCGGGACGACCUUAUCCCCGUGGAAUGCAGCUACGGCGUCAAGAGGAAAGUGCCACGUGCCAGGAUCCACAUCGUGCCUGACAAAGACCACAUCACCAUUGUUGUUGGGAGGCAGAAGGAGUUCGCUCGUGAGCUUGAGCUCAUUUGGCGCAGAUCCACUACUCCUCCCCAACUUCCUUCACAUUAA